GAGCCGAGCCGAGCCGAGCCGGGCCGGGCCGUGCAGGAUCUGGCCCCGCAGCGCUGCCCCCGGCGGCAGCCCCGCCUCUGCUCUGCGGCACGGUCUUUAGGGGGGGGUGGUGGUGGUGGUGGGGUUGUAGGGGGGGGGGUGUCGCUGCCUUGCGCUCCGCAAUUAGCGCUUCGCACCGCUGUCAGCCCCGAGCUCCCCGGGGGGCCGCCGCCGCCGCCCCCCCUUUGUGCCCGGCGCGAUGCGGGCAGCGGCAGGUUUAAACCUCCAGACGGGUUGAAGAAAAACAAAAACAAAAAAUAAGAAUAGUAAUAAUAAUAAUAAAAGGAAGCGCUUGGCAGAUUUUGUUCCCUCCCUUGAAAGCCCGGUGGACGCGGAGCAGAUCAGUCACUUGAAGACGCCAGAGGACGGUUUGCAGAAGGCUGCUACACAGUGUAGCUCGGACGCUGUGAGUUUCAAGAAUCUGGUGAAAGGGAGAGAGUGGACAAUGAAAAUGGACAUGGAGGAUGCUGACAUGACUCUGUGGACGGAAGCCGAUUUUGAAGAGAAGUGCACGUACAUUGUAAACGACCACCCAUGGGAUCCCAGCGCCGACGGAGGCACCCUAACUCAGGCAGAGGCUUCCUUGCCAAGGAACUUGACUUUCAAAUACGCAUCGAACUGCAAAGAGGUCACUGGAGUUAUAAGCAAAGAGUACAUCCCAAAAGGAACGCGCUUUGGACCCCUGGUAGGAGAGAUCUAUACCAGCGAUACGGUUCCCAAGAAUGCGAACAGAAAAUACUUUUGGCGGAUCUAUUCAAGUGGUGAGCUUCACCACUUCAUUGAUGGAUUUAACGAGGACAAGAGCAACUGGAUGCGUUAUGUAAACCCCGGCUACUCCGUUCAGGAACAGAACUUGGCAGCCUGUCAGAAUGGAAUGAACAUCUACUUCUACACUAUCAAGCCCAUCCCUGCCAACCAAGAGCUGCUUGUGUGGUAUUGCCGAGACUUUGCAGAGAGGCUGCACUAUCCCUCCUCCAGAGAGCUGACAAUGAUGAACCUCACACAAACACACGUUAAUCCAAAGCAGCACAGUGCUGAUAAAGAUGAACUCUAUCAGAAAAGCGUCCCAAAGAAGGAGCACAGCGUGAAAGAAAUCCUGAAAAUGGAAUCCAAUCCUCCAAAAGGAAAAGACUUCUUCCAGACCAACAUUUCACCAGUUACUCCAGAAAAAGACUUGGAUGACUUGCGUAAGAACUAUAGCCCAGAGAGGUGUUUCUUCCCUCGAGUUGUCUACCCAAUCCGACCUCACAUUCCAGAAGACUAUCUGAAAGCUUCCUUAGCGUAUGGGAUGGACAGACCCAGCUACGUUACUCACUCACCCAUCCAGUCAUCUACUACACCAAGUCCUUCUGGGAGGAGCAGCCCAGACCAAAGUUUAAAAAGUUCAAGCCCUCACAGCAGUCCAGGGGUCACAGUCUCACCUCUGGCACCUACGUCCCAGGAGCACAGAGAGUCGUACUCUUACUUGAAUGGAUCCUACGGCUCAGAGGGAUUGGGGUCUUAUCCUGGAUACGCACCCCCCAGCCACCUCCCGUCUGCCUUUCUACCAUCCUAUAACCCCCACUACCCCAAAUUUCUGUUACCUCCAUUCAAUAUGAGCUGUAAUAACCUGAGCGCUUUGAACAAUAUCAAUGGCAUCAACAAUUUCAAUCUCUUCCCGCGGAUGUAUCCUCUCUAUGGCAACCUACUCAGCGGAGGUAGCCUUUCCCACCACAUGUUGAACCCCGCCACGCUCCCCAGUUCACUGCCCAGCGAAGGAGGCCGUCGUUUGCUGCAGCCUGAUCAUCCGAGAGACUUCCUCAUACCAGCACCUAACAGUGCCUUCUCUAUCACGGGAGCUGCUGCCAGCAUGAAGGACAAGCCGUGCAGCCCCACCAGCGGGUCACCCACAGCUGGUACAGCAGCCAGUUCGGAACACAUAAUGCAACCUAAACCUACCUCAGUGGUGUUGGCCGCCACCGGCGGUGAAGAAGCCAUGAAUCUCAUUAAAAGUAAGAGGAAUGUGACUGGUUACAAAACCCUCCCAUACCCACUGAAGAAGCAGAACGGGAAGAUCAAGUACGAAUGCAACGUUUGCUCCAAGACCUUUGGCCAGCUCUCCAAUCUGAAGGUGCACCUCCGAGUACACAGCGGAGAGAGACCAUUUAAAUGCCAGACCUGCAAUAAGGGCUUCACCCAGCUGGCUCACCUCCAGAAGCACUAUCUGGUACACACAGGAGAAAAACCCCACGAGUGUCAGGUUUGUCACAAGCGGUUCAGCAGCACCAGCAAUCUCAAAACCCACCUGCGGCUCCACUCUGGAGAGAAGCCUUACCAGUGCAAGCUGUGCCCAGCCAAAUUCACCCAGUUUGUGCACCUGAAGCUGCACAAGCGUCUCCACACCCGGGAACGUCCCCAUAAAUGCAUCCACUGCCACAAGAGCUACAUUCACCUCUGCAGCCUCCAGGUCCAUCUGAAAGGCAACUGCCCGGUUGCCCCUGCCUCCGGCCUCUCGAUGGAGGACCUGAAUCGAAUCAACGAGGAAAUCGAGAAGUUCGACAUCAGUGACAAUGCCGACAAGUUGGAAGAAAUGGAGGACAAUAUCGACUUAACAUCAGUUGUGGAGAAGGAUAUACUGACCAUGCUCAGAAGGGAAAUGGAAGGAGCUAAUCUCAAAGUAUCUUUACAGAGGAACCUGGGAAAUGGACUUAUCUCCUCAGGAUGCAACCUUUACGAGUCUUCAGAUAUGUCAAUUAUGAAGUUGCCUCACGGUCACCCACUACCUCUGUUACCUGUAAAGGUCAAGCAAGAAACAGUUGAACCAAUGGACCCUUAAGACUUUUUGGCAAAGUGAUUUUUUUUUAUUUAUGACUUGGCAAGUCAGGGUGCCUGUAGCAAUUGCUUGUACAUAGUUUCAAUGCUGCAAAGCAAUCUUGGCUUACAGUAGUUUCCCUACGCUCUACAGCUGAAAGAAGGAACUCCAAAGUUACUGUUUUCUCAGGGCAUAAAAAGAGGCAAAGGACUGUGCGUUGCCUCGCCAGUUACUAAAAGACAAUCAUCUAUCCAUAAUUAUUUUUUCAAUGAUAGUACUUCAUAAUUUAUUAUGCAAUUUAUCAUUCUAAAAGCAAUAAUUAGAAAAAUGUUUACAAUGACUGGAAAAUUCAUUGUAAUUUUUACUUUAAAUGUUUUUAUUUUUUGUUUUAUGGCCAUUCUUUGUAGAUAUUUUUUCUGCACAUCUGUUUUAAGAACCUAAGAUUGGGGUUUCAGUAACCGUGUUUUAUGUACCAAUGUCUUUUAAACAAAUGUGGUUUUUUGCAUUGCCAAAGUUGGACAUUUGACAUACAGAAUCCUAGAUCAGUUGGUUUGAAAAAAAAAUGCUGUGUACUUUUAUGUGCAAAUCACCCCAUUGGGAUUGAAAAAGAAAAAAAAAAAGAGUAAGAAAAGGGUAGCAGCAAGCAGAGAAGAAACUGGUGCCCCAGCCUCUCUGAGGAUGGGAGAGAGAUUCUUCUACCUGCAGCUCUACCCGGAACAGAUGUGGCACAGCAAACACCUACCUGCCAUGGACAAUACCACAGGUUUUUAGAAAACAGCUAUAGCCCCACACCUCGGCAUGUAACUUUAUGACCAAAGGAAUGCAUCAGCUUAAAGUGGCUCUUCCAAAAUUAAAUAUCACUUACAUUCUCCUAUUCCAACAGCAGUUUAAAAGCAAACACACCAUUAUUCUUAAUAUUCUGCCUAAAAGGAGUUUUUGGCAGAUUUCUUUCUUCUCUCUCUCUCUCUCUUUUUUUUUUUUUUUUUUUUUUUUUUUUUUUUUGGCCAGAGCCUUCCAGGGAUAAAAAAAAUAAAAAUAAAUAAUGGUCAGAUUCCCUGAGAAUUAAGGGGUUUGGUUUUACUUGUGUUUUCCUCUCCCACUUUGCCUGGGUAGAAGUGGGGAACAAAGUCCUUUUCUGGCACAUACAUUUUUUUUCUUUCUUCCUGUACAACUCAGAUUUUUCUCAGUAUUUGUGUUUGUACAUUUUGUGGUUAAUUUAAUUAAAGAAGAAAAGGGCAUUGCAAAGUUGUUGAACAACAAUUACCUCAGUGCUUGUGUCCAGUGGUGCAGACGUUGCUGUUUUAUCUAAAUGCUUUGCUACUUUAGAGAAGAAACCAAAAUGUGCACAGGGAAAGAUAGAAUGCACGUCCUUUUAUCUUUUUGUUUUGCUAAGCCCAAAGAUGAUAUGGUGACAUUUGAGGUGUAGCAAAGAACACAUGUAUAUUUAUAGAUAUAUUUAUACCACUAUACUAUAUAUGUAUAUGUAUAUAUAUUUAUACCACUUAAGUUGUGAGCCAAACCAUGUAAUAAAACUUAUUUUUCAUCUAAGUGUGAAAAUCAAAUGUUAUCCAGUUUCGCAUAUUACCAGUGACCUCAAAACCAGAAGGUUGUACUAAGGCAUUUAUCACUUGCAAGUGCACAUGCACAAUUGUCCAUGUGAAGCCUGAACUUGCAAACGCCUGAUGUGAAAACCAUCACUCACACGGGGAGUCUCAGCAAAUUCAGUGGGAAAUACCAUGUCUGCAGGACCCCGGGGUCUUUGGUCCCCUGCUCUCCUGGCAGUGUAUACUGGGGGGAAGAGGCGGGUGGUCAGUGAACAAGCAGCCAGAAAACUUAACCAAAAGAACUUGAAAAGAAGCCAAAUACUGCCCAUGGGUGGUGUAAGUACAGAACAGAGUGAAGGAUAGGCUGAGUUAGUGGGGAUGAGCCCCUAGUCUCGUUUUGCCCUGCCGUUAACGAGUUGCAUGGUCAACUCACGUAAACCUAAGUAGCGUUAUUACAGUCUUCCCCUCCAGUUGUAUCUUUUUGUCUGUUUAUAUUCUUAGGAUUUUUAAGGUCUCCCGUUUCAUCAGUCCAGGAUUUGGUGAUUUUUUUUUUUCCCCAUCAAAGUAUUUUGAUGCCUUCUGUUUAAAACAAUCCUGACAUACACGUCUCUUUACACAGCUUUUGAAGGACUACAGUUCAUUACAUUUCCACUCCUACAACUUGUGAGGCUGACAUCUUUUAAAUGUAGCAAUAGUUCAUAAAUAUAGUACUUACUUGUAGGAUAAACCAAAGUAUCACUACUCUGUCACUGGACACACACUUUUCCUAUAUUUGCCUGUAGUGCUUUCUUGUAUUUGAUACAAAUUUUACAAGAAUUUAUAUGCAUCAGCUUUAAGAAUUGUUACUUCUCUUUACUGUUUCCCCCUUCCCUUAGAAGUUUUACAUGUGAAUGUAGCAACAAUCAACAGUGUUUUGUUUUUUUUUUUUUUGUCUCUCUUAAGAAAGACUCUGACCAAAGUUAACAGGCUUUUUACUUUGCUAGAACAACAAACUAUCAUAUGUUUACGUAUUGGUUUACAUCAUUAUUUAUGUGCAAAUUGUCAAAUGUAAAUUAAAUAUAAGUGUUCAUUGCUUUA